AUGUUACUUAAAAUAUUAAUUUUAAGUGUUCUAAGUACAGUUUUAACUGAGGAAGUUAGAUAUGAUGAUUAUUCAUUGUAUAAGAUUUACCCACAGAUUGAGGAACAUUUGAACUUUUUGAGUGACCUUCAAAAAGAGAACGAUGGAGUGCAAUUUUGGAAAUCGGUUUCUCAAGUGGGAGAUUAUGCCAGUGUUCUAACAUCACCACAGGAAAGAGAUAAUUUGGAACAUUUACUAAGAAAGAGAAGUAUCGAUUAUGAUGUGAUGAUUGAGAAUAUACAAAAAGCGUUGGACGAUCAAAUCAUGGGCAGAAAAAAGCGUGACACAAGACAUUGGUUGUUCUGGACCAACUACUGGUCAGUGACUCAGAUCAAUGAGUGGUUGCAAAAUUUGGCCGACACGAGGAGUGAUUUUGUUUCUUUGAUAUAUGCGGGACGAUCGUAUGAAGGCAGAAACAUCACAGGGGUAAGAAUCGCCCGAGGAACUAACCGUCCAAUAAUCUUCGUCGAGGGUGGUCAAAUUGGUGCAGAUUGGCUGUCUCCAACAGUCAUCACUUAUCUGGUGGAUCAGUUAGUCAGAGGUAGUUUUGAAGCGCAAAGAGCUACGGAGGAAUUCGAAUGGCAUAUCUUUCCCGUACUCAACCCUGAUGGACAAGAAUAUUCACAGAAUGUUGACAGGUUAUGGAUUAAAAACAGAAGACCUACCACUGGGUCGGCGAUCGGUGUUGACUUGAGUAGAAAUUGGAAUUCUCAUUGGGGAAUUAUAGGAGGCAGUUUCGUACCAGCAGACGAAAACUUCAUAGGUCUUGGACCAUUCUCAGAAGUAGAGACGCGAUCUGUAUCCCGCUAUGUCGAAAGCAUCAGCUCGAGACUCGUCAGCUCCCUAUCGUUUAGAGCUUUUGGUCAACGCCUCUUGAUCCCAUUUGCGCACAACAUUUACCCGACGUACAAUUACAAUGAAACGAUUAUCAUUGGGAGACGUGCAAUGGGGUCCUUAUCUGUCCGUCAUGGAACCCAUUUCACCGUUGGCACUUCGAGAGUAGUACAUGACGGCGCGACGGGAUCCAUCGCUGAUUGGAUCAAGCAUCGCUUCAACCCGCCAGUAGUGUUCACUCACCAGCUAAGAGACGAAGGUGCCUGGGGCUACACAUUACCAGUGAACCAAGUGCUGCCCUCUUGUGAGGAAACCUUUGAUUCAGUUAUGGCAAUAAUCAGAGAGGCGAAGUUCUUGAAUGUAUUGUAG